AUGAACAUGGAAAACCAAACCAUGGUGACAGAAUUCAUUUUCCUGGGACUUUCCAGUGACCCGCAGCUCCAGAUUUUCCUCUUCCUGGUGUUUUUGGUUAUUUAUGUUAUAACGCUGUUGGGGAACAUGAUGAUCAUCCUGGUGAUAAGCGCUGAUCCUCAACUCCACACCCCUAUGUACUUCUUUCUGUUCCAUUUAUCCUUUGUUGACAUCUGCUAUUCCUCCGUCACCGUCCCUAAGAUGCUGCAGAAUGUCCUAGCAGAGAGAAAGACAAUAUCUGCCAAUGGCUGCUUUGCACAAAACUUCUUUUUUCUUUUCUCAGGUGGCACUGGAGUUUUCAUUCUCUCAGUGAUGGCUUAUGAUCGAUACACUGCCAUAUGUAACCCACUGCAUUACGUGGGAACCAUGAGUAAGCAAGUCUGUUGUCACUUGCUCAGUGGCUCUUGCAUAUCUGGGUUCUUGUACGCACUGGCCAACACUCUGUCUGUAUUAAGCUUACACUUCUGUGGUCCCAAUGAAAUCAACCAUUACAGCUGUGAGCCCCCUUCACUCUUGGUCUUGUCCUGUUCUGAGACACUGACCCCUAAAGUGGUGCUUCUUGCAUCUAUUAUAUUUUUUGGAUCAAGCUCCUUCCUUCUCACUUUGGUCUCCUACAUUCACAUCAUCUCCGCCAUCCUGAGGAUACGCACUACAGAGGGCAGGCAUAAAGCCUUCUCCACCUGCAGCUCCCACCUAGUUGUGGUUAUUUUAUACUAUGGCACAGGUUGUUUCCGGUACAUGAAGCCUACUUCUGAAGCAUCUGUUUUUGAUAGAAUAAUUUCCAUUCAGUACAGCAUCUUAACCCCCAUGUUAAACCCCAUCAUCUACAGCCUGAAAAACAAAGAUGUUAAAACUGCUCUGUGGAAGUUAUUUGUAAAAUUCAAGUUUCCUAAGGAAACUUUACAUUGUUAA